AUGCUAGUGAUUGAAGCAAACGGCUGCCCUUCGAACUGGGAUCUCUUGGGUGACCAAUGUCUUCUCGUCCUCGCGUCACCAAAUACUUGGCAAAAAUCGCAGGAGAAAUGUGCUGGCAAAGGGGGCGCUCUAUUUUUCCCAGAAACUACUGACUCUGUGGAGUUUGUUAGAGUUAUGAUGACGAUCACUUGCUCUGCGUACUGGUUGGGAUGCAUCGAUCGCACCGAUACCGGAAGUUUUGAGUGCCCAAACCAAGAUGGCGUCUAUUGGAACAGCCAGACAGACUUCUCUGGACAUUGGGAUUGGAGUCAAUACCCAGCCCCAGCUCAUCGGCUCUCUGGUGAUUAUUGUACCAUGGUACGAGGGUCCAGGAGCUGGCUCGAACACCCGUGCACACAAGAAGAUGCAUGCCCUGUGUGCUCGCGAAAACGACUGCCUCCGACUACUAGAGCGCCAUCAACGUCUCUGGCAGCUAAUCACGGCAGCACGACUCCUCUUGAUCAAUCUGCCCCUCGCAGUCGACAGCGGAGUAUGGCUUACAAGGCAAUGUCCUGGGAAAGAGGUUGUCUUGGCAGCAGCUACGUGUUCAUGAUAUCAACCGUGUCUUCGCGUAUCCGAUGUGCUGCACUAUGCCUCUCGCACCCACAAUGCACUUCAUUCAACACUUACAGAAGCGGGAAUAAAAAUUGCCAUCUUAGCUCGGUGGGCAUUGCAUCUGUUCCCGGCGAUGCGUUGAUAUACAACACAUUAUGUACUUACUAUGAAUGGAUUAAAUAA